AUGUCGAACUCAACUCAAAACAAGGAAACCGCCACUGAGCAACCUACACAAAAGCCCCAGGUGCUAGAAGAAGACGACGAAUUCGAAGAUUUCCCCGUUGAAGGUAGACAAAGCGGAUCUGCAGACCAGUCACCCAAGCUAACCAAAUACCUAGACUGGCCACAAGAAGAAGCCGAACAGACUGCCGGCUCGACGGCAAAUGGCGGAAGCGAACACCUCUGGGAAGAGAGCUGGGAUGAUGACGAUGCCGCAGAAGACUUCUCCAAGCAACUCCAGUGCGUUCACGCCUCACCUUUCCAUCACCAACGUCCUUGA